UCCUCUUCCUCUUUCCUGGUUCCUGCGCCGUACUCUGUCCUCAGGCAUGUUGGCCCAGAAGAAGAAUGAUUCAUCCCAAAAGCUCUCACAUUCAGAAACCAUCAUUGAUGCUGCUUACGGAAAGAACGGUCUAUUGGGGAUGACCUCAACUCCGACUGUUCCAAGAUCCAUGCCGGAUGAAAUUUGCCCGGCUUCUCUCAUCAAGAAUGACACAGACAUGGCCGAGAAGCUGGAAGUUGUAACUGAUAAAUCUGAAACGAUGUUGGGUUUGAGAAAGAGUACUGUACGGGGAAAUUGUUCACAUCUCAAAGCCCGUGUAGCCUCAUUCUUGGAAGCCACCAGGGCUGCAAAACUUGUGGUGAGGGGAGGAGCUCUUGUUUCCUUGAUUGCAGUGCCUUUACGGGGCACAAUUAUAAGGCCUCCAUUUCGUCUCCACUUGGAAAUAAGGAGACCCAACAUGGACACGUCCCACUGGUUUGCCUCAAACAAGCUUCUUGUACUUGUUCUUGCUGUUUUCCACUUGUUACUAGGUCUCGCAGCUUCACAAAUGCCGUUCUUUGAAUGGAUCAUGGACGCCAUAAUUUUGGUUGAACUUCUCCCACUACUUUACUGGCUGCUGCGACCUCUGCCUCUCUACGUCUUCUCAAGAAAGGAGGUCAACCAGAAAGAAGCUAUCAAAGUUGAUAAGUUCAUUCAAGAAGAUGAUUCUGCUGUUAAUUCAGUCUCUCAUACCACCAAUCCUCGCCCAUGGGAAAGAGUGGAACGUAUUGGGGCUGGUGGAUAUGGGAAUGUUUAUGUUGCACGCCACAGGGAAACCCGAGAGUUAUUUGCAGUAAAGGAACUGAAUGACAUUCACAAACUUACAAAGGUAGAAUCUAUAAAAAAUGAAAUCAAAAUUCUCAGCCAACUGGAACAUCCAAACAUUGUAAAGUAUUACGGAAAUGAAACAAUUGGACGCCACAUUUUUCUAUACAUGGAAUACGUCCAAUCAGGUUCACUGAGGAAAUAUAUCUCGGACAGAAGGGUUUUACCUGAACUUUUAAUCCGAAAUUUCACCAAGCAAAUUCUCUCUGGGUUGGAUUACCUGAGUAAUAAAAGAGUUGUUCACAGGGACAUAAAGCCGGCCAAUCUACUUGUCGAUUCUAACAACAUAGUAAAGCUAAUUGACUUCGGUUCGGCUAAGCAUCCAGCAGAAUCUGUGGGCCAGCACUCCAUGCCGGGAACUCCAUAUUAUGCAGCCCCAGAGGUUCUUCAAAAUAUAGAAUAUAGGACGUGGCAUGAAGCUUCUGCUGCUGAUAUAUGGAGUCUGGGUUGUGUAAUCAUAGAAAUGUUCACAGGGGAGCAUCCUUGGCCUCAUGUUGAUCAGGUGCAGGCUUACUAUAAAAUUUGUUUUGAUCAUCAACAUCCGCCCAUACCGAAAGAGUUGAGCAAAGAGGGUAAAGAUUUUCUUCAACUCUGCUUCCGAAAAACUCCGGCCGAGCGGCCUUCUGCUGCAGCAUUACUAGAGCAUCCCUUUGUAAAAGUACACAACUUAGCUUGCUGGUGGAAGAAAGUACGAGGCUUGAUAUUGGGAGUAUUGGGAGAUUUUAGCAUGACACACGCACAGACAUAGAUAUAGAACUAAGGCCUUAAUUAGUA